CAGAAACUCAACUUCGAAGAACUCAAAUCCAACUCCUCCGUCCUCAUCAUCGCCGGCUCGGAAACUACCGCAACAGCUCUGUCAGCAAUCACCUACUACCUCUGCACAAACCGCCAGGCUCUCGAGAAACUCACCCACGAGGUCCGAACAGCCUUCUCCUCCGAGGCAGAGAUCGAGAUGGUCAGCGCGCAGCAGCUCCAGUACCUGCAAGCGGUCAUGAACGAAGGUCUUCGAAUGUACCCUCCCGUCCCUACGGGAAUCGUCCGCAGAGUCACCGACGAUGGCGGUGUGUUUCUGGGUCAAUAUGUGCCGAGCGGAACGCUGGUACAGGUCUGGCAUUGGCCUGCCUUCCACAGCCCGGAGAACUUCACCCUCCCUGACUCCUUCAUCCCCGAGCGUUGGCUCGAUGAUGCUCGCUUCUCUGGCGACAAGAAGGAAGCGUUCCAACCGUUCUCGGUCGGCCCUAGAAACUGCAUUGGCAGAAACUUGGCUUACGCGGAAAUGCGUCUCAUUCUUGCGAGAAUGAUCUGGAACUUCGACAUGAAGCUAUCGGAGGAAAGCCGGGGCUGGGAUGACAAGAGUCAAGUCUAUCUCCUCUGGGAAAAGGGCCCAGUCAAUGUGUAUCUCACGCCAAGGGAAAAGGCUUGA